CAGGAGGAGAGUGGGGGUUCCUUGGGACCCAGUCAUCAACGAGGGAGAAGGUAGACUUCAUUCUCAGUAGCUACCACUAUGAGUAGAGUAUGCUAGAGUAGAAGACCGUUGACAUUCACUGUAAAGGAAACAAGUGUCUGCUUUUGUUGGUAUUUCGAGGGUGGUAAAAACUCGCUUUUAUUUGUUAAUUAGAUGAAGCAGUCCGAUAAUAGCCAGUGUGGAAGUGUAGACAUGUUUGAUAACUCACAGUAUCCAUAUAACUGCUUCAACUAUGACGGAGAUGGAUACCCUUCCUGCAGCACUGAUGAAGACAAGAAGAUGUGUCGACCUGCUUACAGUUACAUAGCGUUGAUAGCCAUGGCCAUCCAACAGAGUCCAGAGCACCGGGUCACCCUGUCAGGGAUCUAUGAGUUCAUCAUGAAGCGCUUUCCCUACUACCGGUCCAACCAGAGGGCAUGGCAAAACUCCAUACGACACAACCUCUCUCUCAACAGCUGCUUUGUUAAGGUUCCCCGCACAGAGGGAAAUGAGAAGGGGAAAGGCAACUACUGGACCUUCGCCACCGGUUGUGAGUCCAUGCUCGACCUCUUUGAGAACGGCAACUUUCGCCGUCGCCGGCGCCGACGCAACAUGAAGAUUUGUUUCAGAGAGCCUGGGGAGCCUUUCCUCCCAGUAAACAACAACAACAAUAACAACAUCAACAACCGACAAAGUGGCUCUACCAGGCGGACCGAUCCUAACCCCAACCCGGACUCCUUCUGCUCCAUCAGCCCUGCCUACAGACCAGGUCACCACAACCCCCUCAACCCAAACUGCCAGGGGAAACCAGAACCGGAAAUUAAAUUCAGUAUUGACUACAUCCUCUCCACCCCAGACCCCCCUCUGCCGGGCUUCAGACCCCCACAUAGUGGUACAACAGAGCCCCACAUACACGUUCUGGAGCCCCAACACCUCAACCUGCACUUCUGGACCCUGUGAGUGUCACAGUCUUGACUACAAAGAGAGCGAGACUACAUCUGAAAGACUGGAUGGUUUCUCCUCCAUAUCUGAAUUAUUAAAUGAAGAGAUCGAAAGACUGCCCUUUUGUACAAGGGGAUAUUUUAUUUACUUGUCCUGUGAUUAAAUAACAUAGAGAGGUCAAGUAUUGUGCUGUGGAUCCUAGCUGAUUAUAGUAAAUAUACAUUAGUCUACACUCAAAAGAAACUUGUACACUGUUCAUAGUCUUGUCCCAAGGCAUACAUGUUUACAUUACGCUUUAUUCAUAAAGUAGGACGUUCUGUUACGAAGGUCUGUGAAAAUAAUGAUUCACCUAUUUAAUAUCUAUAAUCUAUAUAAUAUAUUUUUAAGGACAGGAUAAUACAGAGUAUGCUGACUGUAUGAGAAAUCUGAUCAAACUGAAGGGAGUGUGAUAUCAUCAUAAACUAUUAAGAUUAAAAGGUAAUAAUCUCUACAAUGUUUUGGGUUAGUGAAAGUGUCAAAGCAAUGAACAGGGUAAAGGGCACAUGUCACAGCUGGUACUCAGCCGCUUCAACCCUUGUUGUGAUUGAAGGCAAUUAUCAUGAGGUUGAAUUCAUCCAGGCUGAGCCCUCGCCAAACCUAAUCUUUCCCAAUGACCUUUGAAAUGAAAUUCUCCUGAGAUUGAUAUAGUCCAUAUUUAAUCCAGGCACUCCAUUAAAAAACAUUAUAUUCAUAUAUUGUAUGCAGGAGUUUAAACAUGGGGUCUACUCUGCUAACAUUUAUUUCCCUGUUAUAAGGAGGGAUAUCAAUCAUUGCCGGGGUUCUCUUGCUUGUUUGAAGGGACAAUUUUCAAUAUAACCUUUAUAUUAUUCCGUGACUACAUCAUUGAGGACAGGAGGGGGUUCAACAGAACACAACAACACUUAACAUGAGUGGCAUUUAAUAUAGCAUUACACUUGCAAGGUGAGAACGAGAUGUGACCCUAGUCAAAUACACGAGGCCUGCCAUAACACUGCCGCAACCCCCUCCCGACCACCCUGACGCAAUUAUAAUUAAACACACCGGAAUAUGCCUCCUUGCAAAUCCUGUGAUCGAUCAGUGAUAUUAACAUUCAUACCUGCUUGGCCCUCCAGCCAACGUCUAGCACCACCACUGUUAUGGAUCAGUAGGUUUCCA